AUGGCCGAAGCCCUUACCAUAAUAGAGGUCGCCCUCUGCAUCACCGAAGUCGUCGAACGCCUCUGCAAAUACGUCUCGGCAGUCAAAUCCGCCAAAGAUGACAUCCGCAAGCUCACCCAGGAGCUCCUCGCCCUCAAAGGCGCAAUGGUCCACUUCCACGUCCAAAAUGAGCGUGGCCCGGAUAAUCCGCUACAUGAGCAGGCCCGCGCCAUGCUCAAAAUGACCCAGGAGACCCUCGACGCCAUACGAAAGAAGCUCGGCACGCCAAAGACGUCGUCCCUGGGCCGCGCCGUCCAGGGUCUGGCCUGGCCUUUUCGACAGGGCGAUAUUGAGACGUGUUUUGCUACCAUUGAGAGGGCUAAGACGUGGUUCAUUAUGGCCCUUAUGAGGGAUUCGCUUGAUACUACCGCGUCUGUUCUCUCCGAGAUGCAGAAGCUGACGGCGCUUGUCCAUGAGGACAUUGUUGCGCGCAAGACGGAUCGGAUGCUUGAAGAGACGGCUGAUUUGCUCCAGUGGCUUUCGCCCGUCGACAGCGAGGACAAGCUUGACAAGUCAGACGAAGCGGCCAGUCUUCUGGAUCACCGGGAGGUCGGGAUCGGCUCACAACUCGUCGAAGACCUGAGAACAUAUCCCAGCGACGAGGUCUCGGAGGAGAGCGACAACAUAGGCGUUGGUUUCCACUGCUGCUCCUUGGACGAUGCGGCAUCUCAAGCUGUUCCGAAUGUCUUUGGCUCCAUUCUGGCCCAGAUAGGAGCGACGAACCCCAGCAUCCUUGACCAUGUCCGGCCGCUGAGAAAAUCCGGCAACUCCCUCAUCCCGCAGAACAACUUGACUGUGGAGCAGAUCUACGACGUGAUGGGUGAAGCUCUCGAGCUAUAUGACAUCUUUUACCUCAUGAUUGACGCUCUCAACGAGACUAGCCACGAAUCUGUCAUUGUCCAGGCCCUUCUGCACCUUUGCUCCAAGCACCCCAACCUACGGGUCUUGGUUACGUGUACGCGAGAGCCGGUGCAGCCCGAUCCCAGCAUUUACGUUCGGCAUAUGAGUACACGGUCCAUUGAUAGUGAUAUUGAGGUGUAUGUGGAGAACCGGCUUUCUACCGAGCACAGCUUCCAGUCCCUGAGCGACAAGAUACGAGCCGAGAUCAAAGACAAAGUCGUGUCAGAGGCGGAUGGGACAUUCCGAUGGGCCAAGUUGUGCAUGGAUAGGCUUAGCACGCUUCGUACCGGAAGAGAUGUGCGACGAGUUCUGGUCGAUAUCCCGUCCACACUCAACGGCUUCUACGCCGGCAUCCUCACCCGUGUACCGGACCAAGACCGCAUCAUCGCUCGCGAGACCCUCGCCUGGCUCUGCUUCUCUCUCCGACCGCUUCGGCUCAAGGAGCUCGCCGAAGCCAUCGUCCUCGAAGAUGACGACGCGGACAUGGACGACGACAGCCGACUCACCGACCCCUCUGUCAUUCUCGAAAUCUGCCAGGAUCUAGCCCACGCACGAGACCACUACGUCACGCUCGCCCCCGACUCCAUCCGCACUUUCCUAUUCGCAGCGUAUCCGCUCCUCAACUACGCCACAGAUAUGUGGCCCAUCCACUCCGAGCGCUUCCCCCUCGCGGACGAAGACGAGAAGCUCAUCCUGGACUACUUCUUCGACACCAAGAAGCAGUCUCACGGCGGGCCCUUUGAGGCGUGGGUGCAGUUCGUCCUGCGCACGGCGGAUCUAGACGCCAUCCGGGACACGGAGCCGCUCUACUACGCCGCGUCGUUCAAUAUGACGUCCGCCCUGCAGUCGAUGCUGAGACCAGAGUACAACGUUGACGUCAAUAAGAGAGGUGGACGGUUCUCUUCACCCCCGCUGUUCGUGGCACUCUGGAGGGAUAAUAUCGAGGCUGCCAUGUUGCUGGUCAAGGCCGGGGCGGAUCCGGAUAUGCGGGAUACGAGCGGGCAGACUAGUCGGCGUUUGGCCAAGAGUCGAAAGCACCACGGUGUUGUCAAGCUCAUAAAUGAGAUGAUUCCGGUUGAGGCUCUGGAUAAGCGGGCGUCGAGCUAUGCUCCCGCACAAGCGAGACUGAGAAGCUAUAGAGAUGGAGAGUCCUAG